AUGGAGGGGCCGAGCGGGUCCAGCUUCGGGAUAGACACGAUCCUGUCGGGCGGCAGCACGGGCAGCCCCGGAGUCAUGAACGGAGACUUUCGCCCCCACGGCGACGGCCGGCCGGCGGAUUUUAGGAGCCAGGCCACGCCGUCCCCCUGCUCGGAGAUCGACACGGUGGGGACGGCGCCCUCGUCGCCCAUCUCGGUGAGCAUGGAGCACCCCGAGCCGCACCUGGGGGUGGCGGAGAGCCUCCCGCCGCCGCCGCACCACCUCCACCUCGGCCCGCACCCGCCGCCGCCGCCGCCGAGUUUGCAGCCGUCGCCCCCGCAGCCGCCGCCGCCCCAGCUGGGCUCGGCCAGCUCCGGCCCCAGGACUUCCACCUCUUCUUUUUUAAUUAAGGACAUUUUGGGCGACAGCAAACCGCUGGCGGCGUGUGCACCUUACAGUACCAGCGUCCCCUCUCCCCAUCACACCCCCAAGCAGGAGGGCAGCGCGGCCCCGGAGAGCUUCAGGCCCAAACUCGAGCAGGAGGACGGCAAAGCCAAGCUCGACAAGCGCGACGACACGCAGGGCGACAUCAAAUGCCACGGGACAAAGGAGGAGGGCGACCGGGAGAUCAGCAGCAGCCGGGACAGCCCGCCGGUGCGGGCCAAGAAGCCGCGGAAGGCGCGGACCGCCUUCUCCGACCACCAGCUCAACCAGCUGGAGCGCAGCUUCGAGCGGCAGAAGUACCUGAGCGUGCAGGACCGCAUGGACUUGGCCGCCGCCCUCAACCUCACCGACACGCAGGUGAAAACCUGGUACCAGAACCGGAGGACGAAGUGGAAGCGGCAGACGGCGGUGGGCCUGGAGCUGCUGGCCGAGGCCGGGAACUACUCGGCCCUGCAGAGGAUGUUCCCCUCGCCCUAUUUCUACCACCCCAGCUUGCUGGGCAGCAUGGACAGCACGACGGCGGCCGCGGCGGCCGCGGCCAUGUACAGCAGCAUGUACCGGACUCCCCCCGCGCCGCACCCCCAGCUCCAGCGGCCGCUGGUGCCGCGGGUGCUGAUCCACGGGCUGGGGCCCGGCGGGCAGCCGGCCCUCAACCCCCUGGCCAACCCCAUGCCCGGCACCCCGCACCCCCGGUGAAGCGGCACCGCGGUCCCCGCGACGAGCCCUUCCCCUCCCCGUCCCCAAACAAGCCCCAGCACCGCAGAGGAGGAAGCGAGGGGAAGCCGAGGGGCAGGAGCUUCUGCAGGCAGCCACUGGCCACCGAGGGAGGCGAUCAG